AUGGUUUCCACCGAGCCUCAUCUCAACUUCCGAUCUUUCGUCGAGGCCCUCAAGGCAGACGACGACCUUGUUGAAAUCAACACCCCCGUCGAUGCCAACCUCGAGGCUGCGGCCAUCACCCGACGAGUCUGCGAGACCGACGACAAGGCCCCCCUGUUCAACAACAUCAUCGGCUCCCAGCAUGGUCUGUUCCGUAUUCUUGGUGCCCCGGCCUCAUUGAGGAAGUCCUCCAAGGACCGCUAUGGUCGACUUGCUCGUCAUCUCGCUUUGCCACCCACUGCCUCGAUGAGCGAGAUCCUCGACAAAAUGCUCUCCGCUAGCACCAUGGCCCCGAUCGCCCCUCAGAUCUUGGAAACAGGCCCUUGCAAGGAGAACUUCCUUGAGGGAGACCAAAUUGAUCUGACCAAGAUCCCGGCGCCCCAAAUUCACCAGCAUGAUGGUGGAAGAUACAUCCAGACCUAUGGUAUGCACAUCGUGCAAUCGCCAGACGGAUCGUGGACAAACUGGUCCAUUGCCCGUGCAAUGGUCUCCGAUGAACGCCACCUCGUAGGUCUUGUCAUCGAGCCCCAACACAUUUGGCAGAUUCAUCAGAUGUGGAAGAAGGAGAAACGCGACGUGCCCUGGGCUUUGGCAUUCGGUGUCCCCCCAGCUGCCAUCAUGGCUUCCAGCAUGCCCAUUCCAGACGGUGUCAGCGAGGCCGCAUAUGUCGGUGCUAUGACUGGAUCUGCCCUUGAGCUGGUCAAGUGCGAUACCAACGACAUGUAUGUGCCAGCAACCUCAGAGAUUGUGUUCGAAGGUACACUGUCCAUCACGGACACAGCCCCCGAAGGCCCCUUCGGUGAAAUGCAUGGCUACGUCUUCCCUGGCGAUACCCACCUCUGGCCCAAGUACACAGUUAACAAGAUCACCUACCGCAACGAUCCUAUUCUACCCAUGUCUUCCUGCGGCCGUCUGACCGAUGAGACACACACAAUGAUUGGCGCUCUUGCCGCCGCCGAAAUCGGCAAACUCUGCAAACAAGCCGGUCUCCCCGUCACAGACGCCUUCUCCCCCUUCGAGUCCCAGGUAACCUGGGUCGCCCUGCGGAUCGACACAGCCCGCCUCCGGGAAAUGAACACCACAUCCGUGGAACUGCGCAAGCGCAUCGGAGAUCUCAUCUUCAAUGCCAAGGCCGGCUACACCAUCCACCGACUUGUUCUGUGCGGCGACGACAUCGACGUCUACGAUGGCAAGGAUGUCAUGUGGGCAUUCUCUACGAGAUGUCGCCCCGGCUCGGAUGAGACUUUCUUUGAGGAUGUGCGUGGUUUCCCUCUUAUCCCUUACAUGGGCCAUGGAGCACACUCGAAGACUAUGGGUGGUAAGGUCGUUUCGGAUGCUCUUAUGCCGGCUGAGUAUACGACUGGUCGGGACUGGGUUGCUGCAGACUUUGAGUCUUCGUAUCCUGAGGAGUUGAAGAAGAAGGUUUUGGAUAAUUGGACUCAGAUGGGAUUCCGCGAGGAAUGA